AUGAAGUUCAGAUUCAACGGGGCCAGCAAUGUGGAGCUGAACAACAGGGAGAUAGAGCUGACCAGGGAGGAGGUCGAGGGCUCGUCGAUAGCCACUGUGGGCGAUGCCCUGAGAUAUCUAUUUGGUAAAUAUGCAGAGACCAGAGAUAGUUUCUUCGACCAUCACGGAGAGCUUGUGCACGGAACCAUCUGCAUUAUAAACAAGAUGGACUGGGAGAUACUGGAAAAGGAAAGGAGCCCGGUGAAGCACGGAGACCACAUCGUCCUCAUCUCGACAAUCCACGGAGGCUAG